UUGAGAGAGGCUGGAAAAACGAGUAGUUAUUAAAGAGUUUUACGUAUUGUUGCUGUGAUGGCUUGUAAUAAAAGUUUCCCAUUUUGGAUGUAAUUUUCUUAUAGAAGCAUAGAUUUGAGAGUUUCACAAAACCCAUACAGUUCAUACUCAACUCUCUCUGUUUCUUCAUGCUGGAACGCCAUGAGAUUCUCAAACUCUCAUUUGGCAAAGAAAUCCAAUCCUAAUCGCAAUUUGCAGAGGGAGAGAUGGAGUUGGAUUGGUCCUCUGUUAUGGUCAUUCUUAGGAAUGAUCGCCAUUGUUACUUUCUUCUUCUUCGUCAUUACUCCUCGAAACCCAUUUCUAGUUCUUGGUCCAAAGCUUCUGAAAGAGAAACAGAGGUGCAAUUUAUUCAAAGGGCAUUGGGUAGAGGAGGCAAGAGGGGCGGGGAUGUACACCAAUUGGAGCUGCCCCACCAUUCCAGAAUCAAAAAAUUGCUUCAAACAGGGGAGAAAGGAUAUGGAUUUUGUGAACUGGAGAUGGAAGCCAGAUGAAUGCGAGCUUUCUCGGUUUGAUCCAACGGCGUUUCUUCACCUUCUUCGUGGGAAGAAACUCGCAUUUAUCGGCGACUCUGUUUCCAGAAAUCACAUGGAAUCUCUUCUCUGCAUCUUAUCACAGGUAGAAACUCCACAAGAUGUUUACAAAGACUCUGAGGAUAGGUUUAGAAGAUGGUAUUUUCCGAAGACUGAGCUGACCCUCAUCAUGCUUUGGACUAAAUUCCUUGUUGCUGGGAAGGAGAGAGUUGUGAACGGGACAGGAACGGGCGUUUUCGACCUGCAACUCGACAAGCUCGAUGAUGGCUGGACACGACACCUACCCGAUAUUGACUACGCGAUUAUCUCCAGUGGCCAUUGGUUCUUCCGACCGUUGUACUUGCAUGAAGGUACCAACAUUGUCGACUGCGUCUACUGCAACGAUCCAAAUAUCACAACUCACAAUCCCGACUUCGCCUUGAAAAUGGCUUUGCGAGUUGCUUUUAAGUACAUCAAUGAUUGCAAGAGCUGUGGUAAGUUGGUAACAUUUGUAAGGACAUUCUCGCCCGCCCAUUUUGAGGAUGGGAUUUGGAAUACAGGUGGGUAUUGCAAUAGAACGAGCCCGUUGAGUGCGAAAGAGAUUGAUUUUGAGAGCUUUGAUUGGAAGCUAAGGGAUAUUCAAAUAGAAGAGAUGGAAAAGGCGAACCGAGAAGGGGAGACGACAACAGGAAGGAGAUUCAAGGCGAUCGACGUGACGAUGGCUAUGAUGAUGAGAGGGGACGGGCACCCUGGGGAGUUUUGGGGUAACAAAUGGAUGAGAGGGUACAAUGACUGUGUGCAUUGGUGCAUGCCAGGCCCCAUUGAUGCUUGGAGUGAUUUGUUGAUGGCAGUCAUGAGAAAGUAGGCCGCCAUGGAUUCGUAACAAAAUAAUUUCAUGUUCUAAGUCGAAUAAUGUUUCGUUGAUAUACGAAUUUUGGGACUAUAUACAAAAGUCGAUACACAAAACAAUUUGUAUAGAGCACGUCAACGUGGUCAAUACUCGUAACAAAAAAAUUUAGCAACGGUUCUUAAUUUAA